AAAGAAAUUUGAAUUGAAUCCAAUCGUCAGCAGUCAUGAAAUCAAUGCUUGAUCGAAUCUAAUCAUAGUUUCCUUCCAUCGACAGGCUUUUCCCCGAUUAUUUUUGUACGUCAUCAUUACAUACCGAAAAUGGUUCAGCAUUUUUCUUACCAAACAAAUCAUGGCAAUUCUAAUGACCAACUGAUGUACACGAGCAAUCGAUCAAGAACAGACUCCGGGUCUUCUGAUAGUUCACGGGGAAGCGGGAACAGUGGAAACAGCGGAAAGUCUCGUCGAAGAAGUCAUCGGCCUCGUGGCUGUCGUGGGGGGAGCAAUCGACGAAAGCAAAAAAAUGCGGAGGGAGGAAAUAAGCAAUUCUUUAAAAAAACAUACAACAGCGACUUCAAAAACAGAGUCCAUAGCAAGUUUUCGAACUCAUCGGUCGUCCAGAUCAAUCUCUCCGACCCUUCCGAAGCAGAGUUUAGCGUCAACGCCAGCACAAAAUCACGCGGUCCGGAUGGAUUUCGUGGAGGCUCGUACGAUAGCAACAUCCAUAGAAAAAGUUGCAACGUCAUCCUUCCCGAUUACAACUACAACACAUCUGGAUUUCCCGGUGCUGGACCAUCGGACUUCCAGUAUGGAGGAAAUAUGCAGAUGCGAAAUCCGCAAUCUUACUAUGGCAAUCUUGCUUCGAAGUACAUGGGUGAGUCAGAGACCGACUACCCUCUUCUCCAAAGUACAUUCUCGGAAUCUUCGAACGAAACAGUCUUGGAGCAACGAGAUUCUUUCGCCUCAAACGAUGGGAUCCUUCCACCACUACCUUCMGAAGACUUAUACGACACACCGAAGGAAAUUCCCUCUGGACCGAAUCCCUAUGCUCUCAAACCUUCUAGUUCGGGAGGCACCAUGAACCACAACAUAUCGCAUGUAACCCAUAGUUAUGCAGCACCUUCGCCGCUGCCACCAGCCAUCGUGAGACCGGUAUCCCGGCCGCAGCCCAACCUAGUAGAAACUUCGCGACCCACACAAUCCCUUCCAGGAAUUUUGCAGCAAGUCCACAACAACAUGGACCUGGACUAUCGCUCGCAUCGCCUCGAAAAACAACGCCAGAACGUAGUGGGUGGAAGUUUGUUCGUCACUUCGCCUCGUUCCUUCCUGAUGGGUUGUAAAAGAUCCUUUCACGAAUAAAAGCAAGGGGACUGCUUGCGUUGGACACAGCAGAGGACAGCACAGGAAACAACCAUUCCCUUAAAAAGGGCAAAAGGGGGAAAAUGGAAACACACUCGUCAGGAAACCACAGCUAUUGAAUAAAAUCUAUCCAACAAUAAAUCACGCCAGGGACAGAAAGCUACGGUCGCGGGAGCUAUCGUAGUAUUAAUUCCUUCCAAGAACAUAGCAUCACAGUGCAUACGCAUAMAUGUGAAUGCUCACACCUACAUACUCACAACGCAUACCACACCUACAUCACAAUUUACACAAUAAUUCACAGAACACGGCACUGCAGAAAUGCAGCCAACACAAUGCAUAAUCAGGCCUCGGUAACUUUUACCAGAUCGGAGUUCAAUAAAUCAUAAAAUAAAAA